CUCAUCGUUCGUAAAUUUCGGAUGCAUCCGUCCCAUUGUCCCGCGUCGUUGAUAUCUUGGUUCUUCUCUCCGUUGCGAUGAAUCCUCUCGUCCGCGCGUCGUCUGUGAGGGGCGGCAUGGCCGUCAAUAAUAUGAUAGUCUUGUCAUUGCCGUGGCCCUUCAAGCGGGACCCUGUUGGCGGUGUUUCCCACUGGAACAGCCUCGACUACGCAUCCCAACGCAAGAGGGAUGUGAGAGGAUGCAUGUGGGCAUUGCGCGAGGCGAGAAUAUGGGGAAAAUGGCUAGAUUCAUGAGAUGCAUGAUGGAUUGUAUAUAUACCAUCCAUCCUUUCUUUUGUUUGGUUGUUGCCUGCAGAUGGCCAAUGAUUUCUGGGCUGAGCAGAGGUCUGAGGGCAACACACCGUUCGUGACGGAAGACGACUGCUACGAGGGCUCGGUCACCGUCGCGCAUACGCCGAUGGAGGUCACCUUCGACCCGGCCACCCGCCGAUACUGGCCGCGCAGGGAUUCCAAGAUGACGUCAGACCCCUACCACUGCGAACCCAAACGGGUGUUUUGCAGCCUGGAGGUGAGAUCGUCAGCCAGAAGACAAUGAAAGCGCCACAUCCACGCUCAACGGCGGUAUCUUCAUGGGUGUCCAUUUGUUUGUUCACAGGUUCCCGAGUUGCACAAGAUGGGUGCGUAUGAGUUGUCGGACAUCCUCGAGGGCAAACCCAUGGCCAAGAGCAGCCCCUACCCGUCCACCUCAUCCAUCAGCACGGACGCCCCCCACAUGCCCACGGGUGAUAUCGACGACAUCGCCGUGCCCGUCAGCAAGGCCAAAACCAGCUCCUGCUUUAGCAUCGUGUCCAUCCAGAAGCUCAUCAAGUCGCUCGUUAGCUGCAAGAUCGGCCCGGGCCCUGCCAAGAUCGACGAGCACGAGAUCAUCAUCUGAGCCCACAAGUCGUUCCGCCCCGCACCGCUACCUACCGCCCGCACCGGACCUUGUCGAAGUCAGCCCUCGAAGCUACUGUCGCCCGUCUGCUGCCAAUCCGCCUGCCCCCAAGCCACCCACAAUCGACUGAGACCUCGCAAGUGCAAGAGAAGGAGGAGCAACAACAGAGUGAACAGGAGCAGUGAGCACCGUGCAGCCAUUUGCGCGCCCCACGCAGUGGCACAGACGACCGCUCAAAUGGCGGAUGGCACCAUACACCACACAAAGCGAGCCUCUAGCCCACCACACAUCACACACAUUAUCACACACACCACACACUUGCUGAACAAGGCAGCCGUCAAGGGGGCGACUUGGGGCGCUGCAUGGCUUCACGCUGAGCGAAAUGAGGGGCAGGGAGGCAGGCAGAAGUGCACAGCAGAUGGCGGCGUGGCACUGAAGAGACAGAUGUACGGG